AAUGAUGUGUUAGUAAUUAAUUAUCAAGAAAAAGAUUUUGGUACUGAAUUGAGUGGUCAAAAUUAUGAUAUUGUUUACGAUUGUACAGGUGGAUAUCAACAAUGGUCUUCAGCUCAACGUAUUCUUAAGCCUGGUGGAAAGUUUAUUACAAUUGUUGGUGAUGAUAAAACAUCCGAAAUUAAUUUUAAAUCAAUUGCAUCAAUGGGUUCAUCAAUGGUGAAUCGAAAAUUUUGGUCUGUUGUUAGUCCAUCACAACCAUCCUACACACUUGUUCUCAUACGAGUAUCUUCUCAAGAGUUAGAUUUAUUACGUACAAAUUAUUUUGAAACAGAUAUGGUUAAACCGGUGAUUGAUGAAAUAUUCGAAUUUGACACUCAUGGGCUUCAUAGUAUGUAUGAGAAGAGUAAAAGUGGAAAAGCACAAGGAAAAUUAAUUUUAAAAGUUGUUGACGAUACCGACGAACAAUAA